AUGAACUGGCAUGAAACCCGGGACCAGUGGGCUUGGAAAUCUCGAUGUCAGAUCAUCGAGCUGGCUGCGAUGAACCUGGCAACCGGCGAGUCGCUGCUUCUGCGCAGCCGACCCGAGUUCGGUUGGAACGAGGUGAAAUCCGCAGCUACAAGACUCUUUGCUGAGCAUAGCGGCCACAAGGCUAUCAUUUGCGAUGCAGGGCUGCCGCUCUUCGCGCAGUUGUGGCCGACCCAAGUGGUGCCCUUCCUGCAGCGGGCGGCAGGCGUCACAGGCAAAGUGGUGCUCAUCGCACACAACGGCGAUCGCUUUGAUCACUAUGUGCUUAGCAAGGAGAUCGGCCGGCUCGAUCUUGACAUGCGCUGCUGCCCACGACUGGUCUCUGCUGACACGGUAGCCACCCUGAAAAGGAGACUUUGCUACGGCCACGUGCAGCAACUCUAUGGUCAGCCUGGAUAUCUCGCCCUCCAGCAGAUGUACCUGAAUUUCGUACCAGAGCAGCAGCGAGCUGCCGACCUGCAACAACAUCAGGCUCUUGACGACGUCCGGAUGAUGUGCGACGUCAUCGCUUUCGCGCCGUACUUGGCGCCGUUGCUUGCGCAGGACAUCGUCAUGGCUGCCCAUGGCGCCGAGAUCCCAGCAAUCACACACGCGGUUUGGCAGCGCUUACUUUAUCCGGUGCCAUGCAAGCCUGCCACCUCCCAGACAGGCUGCUUCUCACACAAUCCUGCACCUCCACCGCCUUCGGCAUGCCCCACUUCUGCCACCCUUCCACAGCAAUUGCAGCUGCUGACACAUCCCCCAUCCCGGCCCGAACAGGAGGUCCAAGCCCAAGCCACCUCCCAGACAGCCUGCUUCUCACUGCUGACACAUCCCCCAUCCCUGCCCGAACAGGAGGUCCAAGCCCAAGCCACCUCCCAGAAAGCAAAUGCAGGGAACUGCCCUACUGCCACCCUAAAAGCACUUCAACCGCUCCAGCAGCUCACAGCUGAGCAGGUGCACCAGCAAGUCCGAGCGCCCCCUCCAUCCCAGCCCUACAAAUAUGUUGCGGAUCUAGAAGCAGAGCUGCACCAGAGCUCCGGAGGCGAAAGCCGACGCACGAGUUCCGGCAGCGUCAACAGCCUCGCCCCCAACCAUCCCAGCUCCAGCCAACGCCAAGGAAAGGGCCAAGGCAAGAAAGGGAGGAGGCAGCAGCGCCUCAACCAACAGCAGCACGGCCGGUACGCAGAAGGGUGGUGGGACGAUGCCUGGAACUGGGACCAGGGCUGGUCCGAUUGGUGGGGCCCUGGCGACUACUGGGCCUGGGGAGAUACUAAUUAUGCCUACGCCCAGCCAAGGGCGAAG